CCCUCCUCCAGCUCCGCCCAGCGCCCCGAGGGCCAGCGGGGGGAGGCCGGAAUUUCCCCUCGCGGGGGCUCGGGCUGCCCCGCAAGCCAGCGGGCUCUUUCUGUUUACGGAGAGAAAGGGGAAAUGGAAGAGGCGGGGAGGCGGCGGCUGGAGUCCGCUGCGCCGCCCCUCGGCCGGCCCAGAAGCUGUGAGUCAGGGGCCGACGAGGGCGGCCCGGGCGCGCGAGAGGCGCGGGGCUCACUCGACCGCUUGGGCCCGAACGGCGCGCCAACGCUCCGGGGCCGGUAGCCCUGGUUCCCGCUCCUGCCGACGCCGGACCUGGGGACCCCGGCGCGCCCGGCUCCCGGGGGCCGCCCGCCAGCUGCGCCGCGAGCCGUCGGGGGACGGCGGCGGGGACGCGCGGAGGCCGCAGACUCUCUGGAGAGCCUGAUAGUGAUGGAGUUCAUGAGCACUGGAAGUGACAGCAAAGAAGAAAUCGAUUUAUUAAUGAAACAUUUGAACGUGUCUGAUGUAAUAGACAUUAUGGAAAAUCUUUACGCAAGUGAAGAGCCUGUGGCCUACGAACCCAGUCUGAUGACUGUGUGUCAGGACAGCAGUCACAAGGAAGAGGGGCGUUCCGACUCUGUGCUGCUCAGCGGCCAGGAGGGGCCUUGGCUGUCAUCCGUCCGAUACGGAACCGUGGAGGAUUUGCUUGCUUUUGCAAACCACAUAUCCAACACCGCAAAGCGUUUGUACGGACACCGACCACAAGAAUCUGGAAUUUUAUUAAAUAUGGUAAUCACUCCCCAGAAUGGACGCUAUCAGAUAGACUCUGAUGUUCUUCUCAUCCCUUGGAAGCUGACUUACAGGAAUAUUGGCUCUGAUUUUAUUCCUCGGGGAGCCUUUGGAAAAGUAUACUUAGCACAAGACAUAAAAACUAAGAAAAGAAUGGCAUGUAAAUUGAUCCCAGUAGACCAAUUUAAGCCAUCUGACGUGGAAAUCCAGGCUUGCUUCCGGCACGAGAACAUCGCUGAGUUAUACGGCGUGGUUCUAUGGGGCGAAACUGUCCAUCUCUUUAUGGAAGCAGGCGAGGGAGGGUCUGUCCUGGAGAAACUGGAGAGCUGUGGACCCAUGAGAGAAUUUGAGAUUAUUUGGGUGACAAAGCAUGUUCUCAAGGGACUUGAUUUUCUGCACUCAAAGAAAGUGAUUCACCAUGACAUUAAACCUAGCAACAUUGUUUUCAUGUCCACAAAAGCUGUUUUGGUGGAUUUUGGUCUAAGUGUCCAAAUGACUGAAGAGAUCUAUUUUCCUAAGGACCUGCGAGGAACAGAGAUUUACAUGAGCCCAGAGGUGAUCCUGUGCAGGGGCCAUUCGACCAAAGCAGAUAUCUACAGCCUGGGGGCCACACUCAUCCACAUGCAGACAGGCACCCCGCCCUGGGUGAAGCGCUACCCACGCUCCGCCUACCCCUCCUACCUGUACAUAAUCCACAAACAAGCGCCUCCUUUGGAAGAUAUUGCUGAAGACUGCAGUCCGGGCAUGAGAGAGCUGAUGGAGGCCGCCCUGGAGAGGAACCCCAAUCACCGGCCCAGGGCAGCAGACCUGCUGAAACAUGAUGCCCUGAACCCCCCUAGGGAGGAUCAGCCCCGCUGUCAGAGCCUGGACUCUGCGCUCUUUGAGCGGAAGCGGCUGCUGAGCCGAAAGGAGUUGGAGCUUCCUGAGAACAUUGCGGAUUCUUCAUGCACAGGGAGCACUGAGGAAUCGGAGAUGCUGAAGAGGCAGCGUUCUCUCUACAUAGACCUUGGGGCCCUGGCUGGCUAUUUCAACCUUGUCCGGGGUCCACCAACACUAGAAUACGGCUGAUGGAUGGAUGGCGGCAUUUGCCCUAAAUUAGGACUCAGCAUUUACUGGUCUCUGGGAAGCUGAUUCUGCUGACUCCGCACAGGGGCUCUGUCAAGUGAAUUGUGCGUUUAUCGGCUGGGCUGCCACGACUCAUGAAUGUGACUCCACGUGGCUCCUGUGUGUUGAUCUGUGAAGCUGCCCCGGGGCCCCAUCAGGCUGGAAGGUUCUCAUUUCUCAGGUGGUACGUCUGACUCAAAGGAAGCUGAGAGUUCACAGAAAGAUCAUUUCCAGUGACUGAUUCCAUUCACUAUGCACUUGGCUCAAAAUUUUAAAAAUACCAAUCACAGGGAUAAUAUAUUAGCCUAAAAUUACUAUUCUCGGUUCUAAUUUAAGUAUGGGAAGUUCAUUUAACUCAGAGUAGUUUGGUGUAUAUUAGUGUGUAUUCUAUGAUAACUCUUUGAGCCUUUGUCAGUAAAUUGCAAUAUAAAUGAAAGCCUUUACAUUUGGGGUGACUAGAACAACUUGAAUAUUGUAGCAAUAAGCUGAACUAGUGUCUUAAAAAUGGCUAACUGAUUAAUUAGGAGCCAUCCGACAGCAGGCCAUAGAGCUGGGUUCUGUUAUGUUCCUAUGGAAACAUUUUGUACUGUACAUGCUAUGCCUCAAACAUUUAAAACGUGAUGUUUUGAAUGUGGAUAAAACUGUGUUAAACCACAUAAUGUCUGUACAUCCCAAAGGAUGAGAAUGUGACCUUUAAGAAAAAUGGAACCAUUUAUAAAUUCUUAAUGAUGCGACUUUUAUAAUUCUUAUUUCUCUAUUUUCUUU